AUGAGAGGCCCCAGGUCGUCUGCCGCUAGGUCACGGCGUGGAGGCAGAAGAUCUCGAAUUAGUGGCCUGUCAAGUGGUGUUUCCCACGCUUCACUCGACGAAUAUUUACGCUCUCUUUCACCAGGAGACUGCCUUGGCGACGACCAUCGCUGUCGCUCUUCACUAGCUACUCGCGUCACCUUCCAGAAUGUUAACGGUGUUCCGGAGGAAGGUGAUCAUGUGAAACAGCGGCAGAUCAACUCCUGGCUGCAAGAUGAGCGAGUGGGAAAAGCGUUGUUGGCGGAGGCCAAAACGUUUUGGCCCUCUAUCCCAGAGGGCCAUUGGUGGAAUGAUAGGAUGCGGCGAGCAACAAUGAAGGCAAAGCACAAAGGUUUUUAUUCGGCUGUCGCUUAUAGUAAACGGCAGGCACGAUCUUUGGCAAAUACAGUCUUUCAAUGGGGAGGAUGCAUCGCGACAGUGCUUAGUCAGGUCCCGCACCAAGCUAAAGAAGCGAAGAGCGAUUCAACGGGGCUGGGACGCUGGGCGUAUGUUCGUCUUCAAGGGAAGAAGCUGAAGGCACAGGGGUGUGAUGAUCACUCCGGCUUGGUGCUCGACGUAAAUGAGGCGGUCCGACGCCCGCUUUCGCGUGAUCUAGUGGUUAUUUUGGCAUAUAGGCCAAACAGAGAAGGUACUGGGGAGUCAACCGUGUAG